AUGUGUAUCGCUACAGAUCUUGCGCAGCUCAAAGCCGAGCUGGGCGAGCAAGCCCAUCUGCUUGACUAUGCCCCACGAAGCAAGAUCAAAACAGAAGUUAGUAAUGACCCGGAUGGGAUCUCCUUCAAAAUAUUGUUCGGUUACCUUCGAGAAAAAGCCACAAACGAUACAAGGAACAUCUGGGUGCACUUGAUUCCCGCGUCUAGGUAUAGAGGUAAUGUCGCAGUCCAUUUCAAAUCGUAUGACGCACAUGGCCACCACUAUGAAGAGUAUGAAACAGCUAGAAUCGGCCGGAUAGUGUCUGGAUGCCACUCUGCAUUCAAGGUUUCCGGCAGAUGGUCCAAACCGAAGCUCAUCGCACUUGCGAAAUACUACUUUCUCGUGAAACUGGUCGAGAUCGGCCUGGACGAGGAUCUGAGAAAGACACAGUACGGACUAUCUCUGUCGGGCUCAUUCUGCCAUGACGUGAUUAUGGCAUGUUUAGAUUUCAGGGAUGAGGCGGAGAGAACGAACUGUCCAGGGCGGCGGGCGACACCGCCUCGCUGCGUUGUUGAACAUGUGGAUACGACAGAUACCGACUCUUCCAAUAAACUGAAAUUCGAAUCGGAUACCGAUUCGACCGAUACGCUGCUGGGGGAAGUCACCCAAAACCCAUCAAAUCGGGCUACGAGCGAAAGAGAAGUGAAUUUUGCUCUUGUCAGCCUCGGUACAGACGAACUCGUUCAGAUGCUGGCUGAUAGUCACGACGACGAAGAGAGGAUAACAGAAGAGAUUGACACCAUUGGGGAGAAGAUCAUCGCACUACAAGCUGAACAGGACGCCAAAGAAUGCGAGCGGCUGCAGCUUGCAGAACGGCGACACUUCUUGCUCGAGGCAAAAACUGGGGAUGAAAUCUAUUCGCUGGGACGUAAGGUUGAGCGGAUGCAUGGUAGUAAGCGUAGAAGAGUUGAGUGA